GGAAGUUGCAUUUAGCAGUGAUGACAUUGAAAUGUUAAGCAAUGUUCAAUUUCCAACAGACUUUUUUCGAGAUAUUAAAGUAGUUUGGAUCACUCACUAUCUUGACGAAACCGCUGCCUUUCCAUUUCGUUUCAUCCAAAGGUUUCACAAUCUACAAAUACUUGAGAUGUUCUCUUGCAAUUUCAAGGAUUUGUCUUUUGACGAAGGUGAAAACAGGGAGGUGACCUCCACUUUUCGAACAAUAAAAGAGUUGAAAUUGGAUUUCUUUGAUAAGAUUCAAUAUCUGUGGAAUCAAGACUCACCGCUGCACCAUAUGUGUCGAAAUCUCGAGUGUCUUAGAGUCUGGAGAUGUGAAAGUCUGAUUGAAUAUCGUCGGCUCCGUUAUCGACUUUUCAAUAUCUUACGAUUUUGGAUGUUCGGAUUUGCAAGGCGAUGGCACAGAUGAUAACAUCUUCAAAAGCUCGAAGUUUGGAGCGGCUUGUUACACUGAGGAUAAGGGAAUGUGAGACAAUGAGAGAAGUAAUUGCAAGCGAUGGAGAUGAAGCAACCACAUACCAUGAGAAUGAGAUUGUUUUCAAAGAGUUACAAUAUUUGGAGCUUCAUUGUUUACAAAACCUCACAAGCUUCUGUUCAGGGAAUUACUCUUUGAAGUUCCCAUCAUUGGAUCAAAUAAUAGUGAGUGAGUGUCCCACAUUGAAGCAUUUUUGUGAAGGACCUUUAACCACGCCAAGGCUACAAAAGGUUCAACGAUCAUUAACAGAUCAUAAAGGAUGUUGGACUGGUGACCUUAAUGCCACCAUUCAACAGUUGAACAUACAAGAAUGCGGAAAUGUCUGAAGAGUAGCACGGGAUGGGUUUUAAUGGCUAAAUCGACUCAAAAUCUUAACGAGUGGAG